AUGACCACUGUUGAGAGCAAAGAAGAGCAGUGUCAGAAUAGUUUGAAUAAAAUCUACGCAGACCUUCUGCAUCUUAUCUGCUCUUUUGAGAAGGGCAGCGGGUCCGAGUUGACAGUUCGUUUGCGACAGGUGGAAUCGGGAUUGGAGCAACUGCGUGAAACUAUUCGUCAAAUUCCAGACAUACAGAACAACGAGCAACGUCAAAGGGAUAAAAUAUCAUCACUUUAUAGAAGCGAAAUUAAUGUGGAUCUGCCAGUUUUGUUAAAAUUAAACUACAUUUUCUCCAUUGCUGGGGUCACGCUUGCUUUUUUAUAUCGGUGUAGUCUUGCAGUUGAACCAUAA